GAAGUGCUGAGCUCGCUGUGACUGCAGAGGUGACAAAUGUUGACGGUUUCCUGAAGCUCUUAUUUUGAAGACGCCGCCUUCUCUUCCGCUGUAUUUCGCGGUGGCUUGACUAAGGAGGGAAGAGGCGUCCAUGAUGACAACUUUAAAAUACCGAUGGUAGCAGCAGGUCGGGGUUUACCUGGUGGAUUUCACCUCCACGGAAAUGUUCACGGGUCAUUGUCGCGUCAAGUAUCGGCUGCGUUUCGGAGCAGCGUAGCGGGCCGACGUCGGCUUGCUGUCCGGCUAGCAUGAGCUGGGGCUGGCGUCGCUGCUGUUUACAUCCCGUCCGGGCCAUGGGCCUGGAGAGCUGCGUUAGCUAACCGCGCUACUCGCGCUGCUCCGGGGAAGGUGUCACCCUAAAGUCCGCAGUGUCAGGAUCGGGGAGGUCCGCCCCAACCGCCGACACCUCAGGGUGAUGGAUGUGUCCUCCCAGGAUCCUCCUCUCAUGGCGAUGGACCUGUCAAAGAGCUACAACCCGCUGACCCGCAGCCACGCCGAAGCCAUGGACCUGGCCAAGAAGCCCGAGUGGUACCACAGACGCCCAGUGAGCACAGAUCUCCCCUCCUCGUACAGAUCCAGAGCCUCUUCCUCCUCCUACAGCUCACUCUCCACACAGCCAGGAGCACCCGUGCGCUGCAGGGACAUGGAGGACGGCCCAGAGUCUUUGGGGGGCUACAUGAACUCGACGCUUGGUCCAGGGCUGGAUCUGUACCACGACGGAGUCCACGGCGGCCUGUGGCACCGGGGUUUCUAUGGACCCGAGCAGAGCGGCGGCCCCGUUCCUGAAAGCAGCGGCGGAGAGGAGAGUGACAGCGGCUCUGAUGUCAUCUUCCUCGUGUCCUCUGCGAAGGAGCCGCUCCUAUGCGGUUCUUUCAUGCAGGAAGGUGUGACACACAUGGUGGAGCCCCUGUCCCCCGCUGCAUCCUCGCUCGACGAAGAGCGAGGGUGCUACCACCUACCUCAGCCUCUGAGCUCACCCAGCCCUGACAGCUCGUACUCGGAAGAUUCCUCGGACAGCUCGGUGGACAUUCCUGUACAUCACACCCGGCCCGUCGUCCUCCUGUCAGACCUCGGUGCCGUUUACGGCAACACCGCUGAAUCUGCGGUCGACAUUUCCAGUGAUGACAGCGACGUUGUUGAAGUUUCUGUCACUGAUCAGAAGAAGCAAAACAAAUGCUACCAAAAGACUCCUCCUCCUCAGAGUGAGAGCGAAAAAGUGCCGAAAACCGAAGUCCGCCGCAGCGCUAGGAUACGAAAGCCGGCCUCGGAAAUCCCACCGCUCACCUGUAACGUAUCUCGCCAUAGCUUGAGCAGGCGAGUCAAACACGACGCUGUGGGUAUAUACAACGAGAGCUGCGACUCCGAUGACGUGAUGGACUACGUCUUGAGGGUGUCUAGCUCAGACGAGUUGCCGGUGAAGUCGCCACAAAGAGCAAGAAGCCACUCAGAGGAGUCUGACGCAGAUGUUGGGACAGACAGGAAGUCCCCGCAGAUUGAGACGCAGCAUCAGCGCGAAGCUUCAAAUACAAAAACCGUCAAUCACAAACGAAAGAAGCCGCUUGCGGUUCCUAAAACAAAGAAGUUAAGAAGAACAAAACAGAGCCGUAGGAUCCCGCCACCAUCGUCGUCACCACACCCGAAUGCUUCAGCCUGUAGGAGUGCGGUGGCAAACAAAAAAACUGUCGCAAGGUGGCGGAGGAAACGCCACCGUCAGACUGGGCCUUCGUCUCUGUUUUCUCCGAGAGAGCCUGAGAUCAAGCUCAAAUAUGUGAACACUAAAGAGGACAAAAAGGAGAAGAAAUCGGACGGUUUCUGCCCGUUUGUUCACCUGGAGCGGCGAGCGUGCACCGUGGUCAACUACCGGGAGGAGGAGGCAACUGUUCGGAGCAGCGGAGGAGGCCGGCGGGCUGCUUGCAAGUCUCUGUCUGGGUUCGUCCCCAACACUUCCUGUUUUCAGCCGGGUCGGCUCAGCUCAGACAGCCGGUGCGAGUCAUCGCUGUUCUGCUGCCUGUGCGGCCACACCGCCAACAUCAUGGGCCUUGGGGACCUUCACGGCCCCUACUAUCCCAGCGUGGAUGCCCAGAAGGAGGAGGUAAAUGGACUCUCUAAAAGCCGAGGGGUAAAUCCCUCAGACGACAGCAGAGCUGCUGAUGGCAACGCCUCUCCAAAGGUGCCUCUUCACCUGGAUGAGUGCUGGAUCCACGAGGACUGCGGCAUCUGGUCUGCCGGCGUCUUCCUUAUCCGAGGAAAGCUGUACGGGUUGGAGGAGGCAGCGCGGCUCGCACAGGAAACGAUUUGUUCCACCUGCCAGCAAACGGGCGCAAUAAUGGGCUGUUUCCAGAAGGGCUGCCCCAGGAAUUAUCACUACAGAUGUGCCAUCCAGUCGGGCUGUGUCCUCAAUGAGGAGAACUUCUCAAUGAGAUGUCCAGAGCACAAGAACAAACUGUUCAUAAGUGCAACCAGACAGCAGAAGAGGUGACACAGAGGACACGUGAGGGCACUGGAGAUCUCCUCAGGGUGUGACGGGAGCUGCCUGACUUCACCUCAGCUGUUAAUCUUUCUUUUUCCCCUUGUUUUGCAAACACUAAUUAAAGUACGUGUGUGCUCGAGCAGAAGAACAAACCUUCUGGUAAGGUUUCACCCAUCACGGCAGAGAGAUGGAAGCAGGCGGCCACUUUGGGUUUAUUUUCAGUAAGAAGUGUCUUUGGUUCUUUUUCUGUAGGUCUUUAACGGGCACUUACCCCAACUGGACUGAGCUGAGAUGGUUUGUGUUUAUUUAUUCCUCCUCUUGGAGAUCCACACUUGGACUAGCCACAAAGAUAGUUUAUAAUUUGAACAUUACGUUAGAGUUUAAAUAAGCUUUAUUGAUGUACGGUAUAGAGUAUAAUAUCUUUAUAUGAGGCCACUUUUUUCUACUGUUUUUGUACUACUUUUCUAUUCCUGUUCAGUCAUAACAUAAUUUAUUUUCCUCCAGUUGCAUGCACGGCUGUUUGCUAUGAUGCACUUUAUAGUCUAAUUUUACUAGUUAUUACUCAGCUGUUAUUUAUGUCCGUCUGUUCUUCCCUUUUCUACUUAAAUUAUUUAAAUUUAAUAUGAAGCUGCACUAAGCUGAGAUUCACAGUUAGAAACGAGGGCGUCCUGUCCUCGCUGAUGGAGAUAACAAGCUGCACAUUCACCAGAGUCAAGCACAUUUCAUUCAGCGGUGUCAGGAGUUUGUUUUUCUCCAAAUAAAAGAAAAGGUUCAACCGAUUAAAAAGAUGUUUAUCAGUGUUUAUGUCACAUUAUAGAAGGAUUUAAAAAAAUAAAUAAUAAUAUAAAUAAAGGAAAGUUAAAGGGUCAGUUCAACCAAAUCACACAUUUAUUUAGAGUUUUGAAAAUCAGGUGACGGGAAAAUGCUGAACUAAGCUAUAAAUAUAAAGCUUCUGGGAUACUGAUAGGAUAUUAGGACCACUGAAGGGGGGGGGAGGGGAUUAAAUGGCAUAGCUGAGGGGGUUGAUUUUACUUUUAAUGCUGGGAGUUUUACAAAAGGCAAAACCCUUGCAAUUGAGAAAACACCCUAUUAAUACAUUUAUUUUUAAAAAUCUACAAUAUUUAUGGUAGUAAAGGAAAAUUUACAUCCCAAACAUGAGUUUCAUCAGAAAUGCAGAUGGCAGAUUUAUGUAAAUUUUGCCAGUCAAAAACUUGACAAAUUUAUAUAAAAAAGGCACAUUUACAAUUUCCUUUAAUCUAGGGAUGUCAUCAUAUCUCAUUGUAAUGUAUAUUUGGGAAGAAAUUUACAUUUAAAUUCCUAAAGUUUGUAUUUUUUUCUGACUUAAGUCUAAAAGAAUUUCCCACCACUUUUAUUGCUUCCUUGCCAGCCCCCUGUCAUCAACUUUCAAAAGUCUUUUUUUUUUUUUAAGGUCUACUUUUUUCAAUUGUCAAUUCAUUAGCACCACCUGCUGGCAAUAGUAGUCAUACAACUUAAUUUUUUUUAAAUUAAGUUAUCAAAUUUGUUUAGUUAUUAACUCUGUCACGCUCAGCUCUGUUUGGAUCAGCUGGUUCUUGUUUGUAGCUUUCCAAACACGCCAGCGGGGACGUUGCAGAGUGCCCUCUGGUGGACAAACUAUGCAACAUCAACACUCAUAACAAGGGUGAGCUGUGUUCUUUCCAUUUCUUCUUUACUUUUAAAAAUGAUCAUUUGUCAGCCUACUGGUGAUUCAGUCGGGCUAUGUAGCCCAGUAAACGGCAGUUAGUCAGUGCUGACUUACGUCUUUCAAUUUCCUGAUAUUUAAGGCUAAGUGAUAAACGAAAGUGUUUUGUGUCUUAAGCAUAAGAAACUGGACCUUUAAAAAUUGGUUUGAAUAGUUUUGUCAGUCCUGGUGAUUUUAAUUUUGGCCAGAACGUCUUUGAGCACAAGAAUAUUUUUACAUUUCAGGAAAAAUAUUUGGAAAUAUUUAUAGCACCACUAGCUAACUCUAUACCACCGAUGCUGGUGCUGAGCCCAGAAAAAAAAACAGUUCAGUGGUUUGUAUAAUGAUGAAUUUGGAAAGCUAAAGGGCAGUUACAGUUUAUUUCAGCCAUUGUAUUCAGCCUUUGCAAUACAAUGAAAGCUAUAUUAAACAGCAAUGAAAAUAAAACGAAUUAAAAUAUACAACAAAUUUUUAAAAUCUAAGAGAAAAGGUUGGAAUUUCCAAAACAGGCAGCCUGAGGAGGUUUUGGUGCAUAUAAAAAUUGCGCAUGGGUCCAAAAAAGUCAAAAACCUGAUUUAAGUUUUGCCAAGGUCUAUGCAUUGUCCUCAAUAAUGAGAAUAAUAAUAAAUAAUAUUAAAAUUAUUAAUAAUAAGUUGUGAUUUGUGUGAAUUGACCCUUUAGCAGUGCUGGAGUGGCCUAGUGCAGCUUUGACUGUCCGUCUGUGUUUGUUGUUACUGGACUGAAAUGUUUAAAAAGCUUUUAAGGAAAUGUUCUGUUUGGUUUCAUGCCUGCACUUCCUCUUAAUUAAUUACUAAAUCGUUAAAGUUAUAUAAUAAAAGUCUGUUAAACUGAA